GGGGAGGGACAGGGAGGACAACUGGAGGGACGUGGCGGCUGAGGCCAGGGAACAGGCGGGGGCGGCCAAGGAGAAGGUGGCUGCCAUGGGGGAACAGAUGGACGCCAUCAGGAACGAGCUGGGUGCGAUGAAGGGGGAGCUGGCGGCGCUCAGGGAUGGGAUGGAACCGAUGAGGGACAGGACGGAACCAAUGAGGGAUGGGACAGAACCGAUGAGGGAUGAGAUGGACAAGCUGAAGGAUGAGCUGGUUGCAUUGAGGGACGAGGUGGCCGUGCUCAGGGACAGGACGGCCCCGAUGAUGGACGGGACGGCCCCAGUUAUGGAUGGGACGGCACCAAUGAUGGAUGGGAUGCCCCCAAUGAGGAAUGAGGUGGCCAUGCUGAGGGCCGAGGUGGAUGCGCUGAGGGACAAGCUGGCCGUGCUCACGAAUGGGAUGGCCCCGAUGAGGAACGAGGAGGCCCCACUGACGGAUGAGCUGGAUGUGCUGAAGGACGAGCUGGUUGCACUGAGGGAUGGGAUGAUCCCGAUGAGGGAUGAGCUGAACCCAAUGAGGGUCGAUGUGGCCACGCUGAAGGACGAGGUGGAUGCGCUCAAGUACGGGACGGCCCCGAUGAGGGAUGAGGUGGCUUCAUUGAGGGAUGAGCUGGUCGCGUUGAGGAAUGGGAUGGCCCCGAUGAGGGACGAGACGGCACCAAUGAGGGGCGAGGUGGCCCCACUGAGGGAUGAGCUGGUCGCACUGAGGGACGAGGUGGCCGCGCUGAGGGAUGAGCUGGCCCCACUGAAGGACGGGAUGGCCCCAGUGAUGGAUGGGACGGCCUCGAUGAUGGACGGGACGGCCCCAAUGAGGGAUAAGCUGACCGCGUUGUGGGACGAGCUGGCCGUGCUGAGGGAUGAGCUGACCGCACUGAGGGCUGAGGUGGCCACAAGGCACCAAGAGGAGGCCGCCAUGAGGAGGAAGGAGGAGGAUGAGGAGGAAGGACAGGAUGAAGGACGGCAGGAGGAGGAGGCUGCAGUCAGGAAGGAGAUGGCCGCGCUGAGGGCCGAGGUGUCUGCAAUGAGGAACGAGCUGGACUUGCUGAGGGACGGGAUGGCCGAGAGGCACCAAGAGGUGGCAGCCAUGGGGAGGAAGGAGCAGGAUGAGGAGGAAGGACGGGCAGAGGGUCAGACUGAAGGCCGGGAGGUGGAGAUGGCCGCCAUGAGAAAGGAGAUGUCCGCCAUGAGGGAUGCGAUGGCCGCCAUCAGGGACGAGCUGUCCACGUGGCAGCGGGAUGUGACCACGUGGCGGCAGGAGCUGUCCGAGGUGCUGAAGCACUUGUCUGGCCAAAGAAUGGAAGCAACCGCCGCCAACAGGAAAGAGCAGAGAGACGACGGGCAGAAAGAACGGAUGGACGCUGGGACCUCGCACAGCCCAGACCACAACGUCACCUUCCUGCAGCCACCGAGCAGCGACGGGACAGAGGAGGAGGCCGGUGUCUUCGUGUCCCUGCUGCUCCUCACCACCGCGGCCGCCGUGGUGCUGUACCCACACCUGCAGCUGAGCUGAUGGCACCAUCGUGUCACCAUCGUGUCGCCAUCGAGUCACCGUCGUGUCACCAUCGUGUCACCAUCGUGACGCCAUCCAGUCACCAUCGGGUCACCAUC